GUGAUUUCAUGUGGCAACCCGGCCCAUAACCUGUUUCAUUCCAACAUAAACAUCAUCGUCUUCAGACGACUUGGGUCAAUUCUGCUGCUACUGUGAGAGAAAACGAGGGUGAACAUGGAGGUUUUCGUAGCCAGAUCUCGUUUAGCCCUAAUUCCCUUACUCCUCGCUUUGCUCUCCCUAAGCUUCGGAUCGUCUUCUUCACUCACAUCUUCAUCAUCGGAGCUUCAGAUCCUCACCGCUGAACGCAGAAUUGAUUUGGCUUCGCACAUUAUUAGGGUUGUCUUGACUUUGAAGGUACAAAAUGAUGGGGCAUCUCCUGCUAAAAAUGUACUUCUUGCAUUUCCACCACCACAAGUGAAGCAUCUAGCACUGAUCCAGGCUGCUGAACUUACUGGAAAAAAGAAGAAGAAAGCUGUACAUCCACUUGAUGUGACACCAAGCAACCAUGCUGAUGGGCCAAAUGGAGCCAAAUUCUUCUCUAUUUCUUUGAGGAAUCCAUUGACAACUGGUGGAUCUGUCUCAAUAGAAGUAUCAUAUAUAUUGACCCAAUCUCUUGAACCUUUCCCUGUAGAAAUAAGUCAAUCAGAACCCCAAUUAGUCUUAUACCGUGACAGUGCUUUAAUAUUAUCACCAUAUGCAAUUAAACAACAAACAACAGUCAUCAGAACACCAAGCACUAAAGUGGAGUCAUUUACAAGAGUGGAACCUUCAUCCCAAAUACGUACUGAGUUGAAAUAUGGACCUUAUGAGAACCAGUCUCCAUAUUCAUACACUCCUAUACUUGUUCAUUUUGAGAAUAACAAUCCAUUUGCUGUGGUUGAGGAACUUGUGAGAGAAAUUGAAAUAUCUCACUGGGGUAACCUUCAAAUCACAGAGCAUUACACUUUGGUGCAUAAUGGUGCUAAACACAAAGGCGGCUUCUCAAGGGUUGAAUAUCAAUCUAGGCCAACUAUCAGUGGUGUCUCUUCAUUCAAACAUCUUGUAGCUAAAUUACCCCCAAGGGUUCACUCUGUCUACUACCGUGAUAACAUAGGCAAUAUCUCAACAUCACAUUUACGCACAAGUUACAGCAAGUCUGAACUUGAAAUAGAGCCAAGAUAUCCUUUAUUAGGAGGUUGGAGAGCCACCUUUGUCAUUGGAUAUGGACUCCCACUUCAAGACUUUCUUUUUGAGUCAAAUGAUGGUAGGCGUUACCUCAACUUCAGUUUUGGGUGUCCUAUUGCUGAAACAGUGGUAAACAAAAUAACAAAUAAGGUUGUCCUUCCUGAAGGAUCAAAGAACCCCUCUGUUAUCGUUCCUUUUUCUGUAGAACACCUAUCAGAGACAAAGUAUACUUACCUUGAUAUUGUUGGAAGACCAGUGGUGGUUUUGGAAAAGGAAAAUGUAGUUCCUGAGCACAACUCUCAUUUCCAGGUUUACUACAAUUUCCACCCGAUGUUCAUGCUUGCAGAGCCAUUGAUGUUGACAUCCGUUUUCUUCUUUUUGUUUGUUGCUGCUGUGGCUUAUCUUCACAUGGACAUCUCAAUAAGAAAAUGAAGAGACCAUGACGAAUUAGAUUAUAUGUAAAAUUAGACUUGAGGCAACCAACCAUGUGACACUUGAAACACAUCUAGCUACAAAAGAUUAAAACAUUUUUCUUCAAAUAGUUGAGGGUUUAAAUUUUAACAACCAACCA